AUGGAUUCUAAAAGACUUGCAUUGCCAGACCAGCUUCUUGCACCCAGAAGAAAGUCUUUUUUGUUGUGGGUUGGUGCUUCUCUUAUUAUGCUCUCACUCCUUUUUCUUGCUACUCCUUUUAAGGGUCGGAUUGUGACCCCUUUCGUUCAAGGCUUCAAUAGUGUUACUCUUAAUUCUUCUCUUGUUUCAUGGCCUUUCUCUCAUUUUCCCUCUUCUAGAAAUAGCACUACCAGUUCCCCUACUAAUGUGGGAGUAGUGGUUUUAGAGAAAACCCAUGUUGGCAAUUUCUCUGAGAUUAGACAAAAUGGAAGCUUUGGUUAUGAACAAGCACCUGCUUUACCAAAAUCCCUUGAAGGAAGAAGUGGAAAUUUCACAGAUUCUGGCGGGGAUGGGAGGGCUUUCGAGAGGCCCCAUUUGGGUAUUGGUGAAAUUGGGAAUGCUAGCCUUUCUAGCAUUGUGGAUGAUGCAGAUGCAAAGAGAAGCACGGAAGGAAAAUCUGUUGAAAAUUUUAUUGCAGAAAAUAAAAACGAGGGAAAUGAAGAAAUCGGUAAAUUCCCUGGUGGUGGAGGAGAACAAGGGGAAGAUAACACAGUGUCUUUUGAGAAAUGUGACAUAUUUGAUGGUAAGUGGGUGAGGGAUGAUUCGAAACCCUACUAUCCUCCAGGCUCUUGUCCUUAUGUCGAUAAGGAUUUUGAUUGCCACCUUAACGGGAGGCCAGAUGAUGGAUUUGUUAAAUGGAAAUGGCAGCCAAAUGGCUGUGACAUUCCAAGUUUGAAUGCAACUGAUUUUCUUGAGAGAUUAAGAGGAAAGAAGCUGGUUUUUGUUGGGGAUUCACUUAAUAGGAAUAUGUGGGAGUCUCUCGUGUGCAUCCUUCGCAAUAGCAUCAGAAAGAAGAAAAGAGUUUAUGAGAUAUCAGGGAGGAGGGAAUUCAAAAAGAAGGGUUUCUAUUCUUUUAGAUUUGAGGAUUACAAAUGUACAGUGGAUUUUGUUAGUUCUCCAUUUCUUGUCAGAGAAUCAUCCUUCAAAAGUAGAAAUGGAACACUGGAGACCUUAAGGUUGGAUUUGAUGGAUCAGACAACUUCGAUGUACCACGAUGCUGAUGUCUUAGUUUUUAAUACAGGUCACUGGUGGACCCAUGAGAAAACUUCGAGAGGAGAAGACUAUUACCAGGAAGGUAAUUAUGUACAUCAAAGACUCAAGGUCCUGGAAGCAUAUAAGAGGGCGCUUUUGACUUGGGCAAGAUGGAUCGACAAGAACAUCGAUAGCAAUCGAACUAUGGUUUUCUUCAGAGGUUAUUCAGUUACUCAUUUCAGAGGAGGCCUAUGGAGUUCAGGAGGUCAGUGCCACAAAGAAACAGAGCCGAUAUUUAACACAAGUUACUUGGGAAAGUACCCUUCGAAAAUGAGAGCUUUACAACAUGUGCUUCAAGAAAUCAAAACGCCAAUCGUAUAUCUAAACAUAAGUAGGCUCACAGCCUAUAGAAAAGAUGCGCAUCCUUCGAUUUAUAGAAUGGCAUACAAAACAGCAGAAGAACGAACAGCUGCUGAGCGAUCUCAAGAUUGCAGUCAUUGGUGCUUACCUGGAGUGCCAGAUACUUGGAACGAGUUGCUAUAUGCUUCAAUGUUGAAGGUCGGCCUGGGAUCUUGGAAAAAGUGA